GCGCCGGAAAUAGCGACUGAGGGAUUGCAUAAGAGAUGCGCGCCGCCUGAACCUUUCGGCGAAUCUUGCGUUCCGCCGACUCGGAAGACAAACUGGGCGGAGAUUUCUCCGCGAGCUGCCAAGUUUUCGGGGGUAGUGGAAAACAAGAGUGGGGACAUGGACAGUCGCCUGCAGGAGAUCCGGGAGCGGCAGAAGCUACGGCGACAGCUCCUCGCGCAGCAGUUGGGAGCCGAAAAUGCCGACAGCAUUGGUGCUGUGUUAAAUAGCAAAGAUGAGCAGAGAGAAAUUGCUGAAACAAGAGAAACGUGCAGGGCUUCUUAUGAUACCUCUGCUCCAAAUUCAAAACGGAAGUAUCAAGAUGAAGGAGAGACAGAUGAAGACAAAAUGGAAGAAUAUAAGGAUGAACUUGAAAUGCAACAGGAGGAAGAGAAUUUGCCAUAUGAAGAAGAAAUUUAUAAAGAUUCUAGUACUUUUCUUAAGGGAACGCAGAGUUUAAAUCCCCAUAAUGAUUACUGCCAACAUUUUGUAGAUACUGGACAUAGACCUCAAAAUUUCAUCAGGGAUGUAGGUUUGGCAGACAGAUUUGAAGAAUACCCUAAACUGAGGGAACUCAUCAGGCUAAAGGAUGAGUUAAUAGCUAAAUCUAACACUCCUCCUAUGUACUUACAAGCAGAUAUAGAAGCCUUUGACAUCAGAGAACUAACACCCAAGUUUGAUGUGAUUCUUCUGGAACCCCCAUUAGAAGAGUAUUACAGAGAGACUGGCAUCACUGCUAAUGAAAAAUGCUGGACUUGGGAUGAUAUCAUGAAGUUAGAAAUUGAUGAGAUUGCAGCUCCUCGAUCUUUUAUUUUUCUUUGGUGUGGUUCUGGGGAGGGACUGGACCUUGGAAGAGUGUGUUUACGCAAGUGGGGUUACAGAAGAUGUGAAGAUAUUUGUUGGAUAAAAACCAAUAAAAACAAUCCUGGAAAGACUAAGACUUUAGAUCCAAAAGCUGUCUUCCAGAGAACAAAGGAGCACUGCCUCAUGGGGAUCAAGGGGACUGUUAAGCGCAGCACAGACGGAGACUUCAUUCAUGCUAAUGUGGACAUUGACUUGAUUAUCACAGAAGAACCUGAAAUCGGCAAUAUAGAAAAACCUGUUGAAAUUUUUCAUAUAAUUGAACAUUUCUGUCUUGGUAGAAGACGCCUUCAUCUGUUUGGAAGAGAUAGUACAAUUCGACCAGGCUGGCUCACAGUUGGCCCAACUCUUACCAAUAGCAACUACAAUGCAGAAACCUACGCAUCCUACUUCAGUGCCCCUAAUUCCUAUUUGACUGGGUGUACAGAAGAAAUUGAGAGACUUCGACCAAAAUCACCUCCUCCCAAAUCUAAAUCUGAUCGCGGAGGUGGAGCUCCCAGAGGUGGAGGAAGAGGAGGAACUUCUGCUGGCCGGGGACGAGAAAGAAAUCGAUCAAACUUCCGGGGGGAAAGAGGUGGCUUUAGGGGGGGUCGUGGAGGAGCACACAGAGGUGGCUUUCCACCCCGAUAAUUUUGUCAGACGCUGAUCCUUUUAAUGCCCUGCUACCUUCUUGUAGUUUUAAUUUCAGUUGGGAGACAAUUACUUUAGAACUCCGUUCCAGCUGACAUUUUGCUUUAAUUUCUCAAGGCUGCAGGAGUAUCUUAGCCAACCUCCUAGGCAGUUGUCACACACACUAAUUUAGUCCAAGAUAAAAAAGUCGCCCUACCUUUAGUCAUGUGCAUGUAACCGACCAGGAUGGAACACCAUGGACACCUUUACUUUCAGAGCUUGAAGUUAUUCUGACAGGUUCCAACUAAUUAUAAAGGUUUUUGCCUUUUAGUACUAGUUGAAAUGAACAGUGAAAAAAAUCUGUUGCAUCUCACUAGUGCUUAUGGUCAUGGAUAACGGGGUCUUGCCACUGCUGUCACAGCAAAUGGGAAGCUAUUUGGGAGUCUGGAUAGAAUGAACUUAGGACAGAUGGUAAGUUCUGUCAGAGUUUUAACAGCUCCUUAAUGAAAUGGUAAAAAGACUUAUUUUUCUUUUUAAAGAAAUUGUAAAGUCAGAUAUAAUUUGACUACAGAAGAAAAUGAGAGGCUUUGAACAAAAUCGGCUCCACCUACAUCUAAAUCUGUGAGGGGAGGUAGAGCUUAUAGGGGUGAAGGAAGAGGUAGGCACCUUAAGAAGAGAAAGUGCAUCAUUAUCUCAGUUGCGUACCUGCAGGUGACUCUUAAUCAUGCUUCCUAAGAAGCAGAAGAGGACAAAUAUCCAUGUGGUAGAACUUUGGUGUAGUCUUGACCUUGGAUUCACCUUCCAAGCAGUUUUAUAUUCCUUAGCAAAAUAAGAGAAAGAAGGCACCAACAGAGACACCUGCUUAUUAGGUGUGUGGUUUCAGCAUUUCAGGGAAUAAAGUACUGUGGAUGAGGAAAUGCAAACACCUUUAAACUUGUCAUGGAAGAAGUUCAAUAUAAAAACAGUUAUGGAAAACCCUCAGCAAGACAGCUUAGAAAUGGAACUGUGGUCACCUCUUGCUGAAGUCAUAUGAUGUGAUGUGUUUAAGGAACUGGCUUUGCAGCUCAGUUGUAUGAGACUAUACUGUCAUUUCUCUUUCUAUAACUCAUGUAAUUGAAAAUUUGUUGAAUGAGAUACCAUUGCUCUUGAUAAAUAUAUUUUUUUUAUUUUGUGUAUAAUUUUUCUACUGAAACUUCUGGAAUUUGGAAUUUGAAAGCAUGUUUUCUGCAAGUGGAAUUGCUAUUGCUACCAAAUGAAAAAGGCUGAACUAAGAUCAGAUUCAUUGUUUGGCCUGGGAUGCAGCUUAGUAGUUAAUUCUGUGCCUUUUGUUGGCUCAUAUUAACGCAUAAAAUGAGAUUAUAUUAUAUCCAUUAAGGACUGAAUUAAAGAAAUAGAGUUGAGAUCCUUAUAAACCUGAUGAAUUUAACUUGCUUAAGCUGUUCUUCCUAGUAUAGAUGGCAUUUGACCAUGACGAGUCUGACACAUGACCAUCAUGUGGCAUACAUCUGACCAUCCCACAGCAUCGUAUGACUGUCAGGACACACGUGACUGUUGUAGGACCACCAUGUGACAUACAUGUGACCACCACAAGUUUAGUGUAGGGCAUGAAUUCUGUGUGUUAUGGCCAUCAUGUGUAGGCGUACGUGUGGUGUGUGUGAUCUGUAACAUGCCAUUUCUGGUGCAGGUACUGUCAUUUAUGAUGUGUCAUGUUGUGCAUGUCAUUUGUGAUGUGGGUACCAUAGCACUUCCUUCUGUGAUGACUACCACAAACACUUGAGUGUACCUGAUGUCAUUCAGUGCAAGUGCAGCAUUCAUGACGUGUGUGAGUCGUUAAUAGGUAUCAUUUGUGGUGUGUGGCAUGUUUCACGGGUUAUGUCAUGUUUCAUUUAUGUCAAACUAGUUUGUGGAGUCCAGCCUUCCUGGGGUCUGAUUUGGCAGCUGGACCUUAUGGCCAAAGUUGUCAAGGAUCAAUACUGUAGCCACAGGGACUGUUCUGAUAGUACUGUGGAUAGAGGUCACCUUUGAAUCUAAAAGUCAAAUGUGAAACCUAAACUGCAUCUCUCCCUUUUCUGAAGCCCUGCAUGAGGACAUAGUUUCAUUUUCAGCUAACGGAGCUGUAACAGUGACAUGCUUGGGAGUCAGUGUGCUGGCCUUGGCUGAGAUUCUUGGGGCUAUUAUUCAGAAUGAUUCCUUUUCAUGUCUUCUAAAAUACUUUAAUCUCUUAAUUGCUAAAUUACAACAUUUUGAUUAGUUACAGCAGCUAAUUUUAAAACCUGUACUGUUUUAUCCCGAAUUUAAGAGCAUAGAAUGUAGUCUUUGAAGUAGAGUUCCAGAUUUUCCUCAUUUGUUUUAUAUAAUCUUUAUUAAUUUGACAAAAUGAUGGCCCAGUGGGGACUCAUUCUGAAUAGUAGUCUUUGAUCUAAAUGUGUCUUAUAUUUUUAUGAGCUAUUAAAAACACAAACCUUUACAUAAAAGCCUUUUUUUUAGAACAGUCCUGUAAUCUUGGGGUUCAUGUGAGAUUUUUUACAUUAUUAUCUUUGAUGUUUGUUUGGUGGUAGGGAGUGAACUUUAGCUUGGCUCUCAAAAAUAUAUGUAGUUUGCUUUGAAGUUGUAAAUUUUAGGACUUCCUAGAAGGUUAGAACAUUUAUUCAGCCAACUGAGCCCACAGAAGACUCUCUUUCUGGAAAAGUCAUAUUGCUUAUCUCAAGGUUUCCAUUAUUUACUCAAAUAUAAAGAUGUCUAGCUACAAUGCAGCAAAAAUUCCCUCAUUUAAUCUAGAUGAUUAUUUUCUAGUAAACCCUUUCCCCAGUAUUAGAUAAAAGAUUAAAAUGACCAGUCUAAGUAUAUGUUAACAGUUCUUACCUCUUUUACUGGAGUGGCUAAGAAAGCUAGGAUAAGCUAAAUUUUAUCAAAAAUACUUCUUGAGAAUCUAUAAGUCAAGAGUGUAAGAAGCAUACAGGAACCAAGCAUGUAAUCCAAAUAGUGGAAGCAAACCAUGAGCUUUUUUCAUAGUGGAAUAAUGGUCUUUCUGGCGAGCUUUGUUUGCAUAUUAAACAUGGUAAUAAUUCAUUUACUUCCCAUUCCCCUCAUCUGUGCUGUUUGCCCACUUUGGUGGGUUUUCUAAAUUCCUCUCUAGAAGAGAGGAACAGCACAAAACACCUUAAUAAACAGCCACCGAUUCUAUUCUGUUAGGUUGAUUCAGAUUCUGUUAGGUUGAUUUUAAAAACCAGACUUCUUUGCGCACUAGUUUACUGUUUCAAAUUUCUAUUGGCUAGAUCUGAUUCACCGAACUCAUAAGUGCACUACCCUUUUUCCUAAGGCAUAUUGGGUCCUAGAAUAUCAAUGUAGUAACCAUACUCUAAACCUCCUUAUAAACACCAAUAGUAAGUAUUUAAAGAUAUUUUCAUGGACCCCACUAAUACUUCAAUUUGAGGGAAAACUGACUUAAGUCUUAUAUAAAAGAUUUCAAGGUAAAUUCUUAUUGUAAAAAUGUCACAUUUAUAACUGGUAACAUUAUUAAGGCUUACCCCUAAAAAUCCUCUGCAGUCAUUAUUCUAACAAUAGAGACUGACUGGACUAGUCACUUUGCCUCCUCCCCAAGUUUGUUCUCUACGUGAUUUAAAGCUGGAUUUCCAUGUGUUCA